ACUCUUUCUCUCUCAUUCCACUUCUUGCUCGCCGCCGCCGCCGCCGCCGCCGCCGGCGAAGGGGAUCGAUCGGAUGGGGACGUCGGUGCAGGUGACUCCGUUGAGUGGCGCGUACGGUGAGGGACCCCUCUGCUACCUGCUCGCCGUCGAUGGCUUCCGCUUCCUCCUCGACUGCGGCUGGACCGACCUCUGCGACCCCUCCCACCUCCAACCCCUCGCCAAGGUUGCACCAACAAUAGAUGCAGUUCUUUUGUCUCAUGCCGAUACCAUGCAUCUAGGAGCUUUGCCAUAUGCUAUGAAACAUCUCGGACUAUCUGCACCAGUAUAUGCCACAGAACCUGUAUUUAGACUUGGCAUUUUAACCUUGUAUGAUUACUUUAUAUCACGACGGCAAGUUUCAGAUUUUGACUUGUUUACUUUGGACGAUAUUGAUGCUGCAUUCCAAAAUGUUGUUAGAUUGAAGUACUCACAGAACCACCUUUUGAAUGAUAAAGGUGAAGGAAUAGUUAUUGCUCCACAUGUUGCUGGGCAUGAUUUGGGUGGCACGGUAUGGAAGAUAACAAAAGAUGGGGAGGAUGUUGUUUAUGCUGUUGACUUCAACCAUCGUAAAGAGAGGCAUUUGAAUGGUACUGCUCUUGGAUCAUUUGUACGGCCAGCUGUUCUGAUAACUGAUGCAUACAAUGCCUUGAACAACCAUGUCUACAAAAGGCAGCAGGAUCAAGAUUUCAUUGAUGCAUUAGUGAAAGUUCUAACUGGUGGUGGUAGUGUGUUACUGCCGAUUGAUACAGCUGGUAGAGUUCUUGAAAUUCUUUUGAUAUUGGAGCAGUACUGGGCUCAACGGCAUUUGAUCUACCCUAUCUACUUUCUGACAAAUGUUUCUACGAGUACUGUUGAUUAUGUCAAGAGUUUUCUUGAAUGGAUGAAUGAUUCAAUCUCAAAGUCUUUUGAACACACUAGAGACAAUGCCUUCCUAUUAAAAUGUGUUACACAGAUAAUAAACAAAGAUGAGCUUGAAAAGCUGGGAGAUGCACCAAAGGUGGUUCUAGCAUCCAUGGCAAGCUUGGAGGUUGGCUUUUCUCAUGACAUAUUUGUUGAUAUGGCAAAUGAAGCAAAGAAUCUAGUACUUUUUACUGAGAAGGGACAGUUUGGGACACUAGCUCGCAUGCUCCAAGUAGAUCCACCUCCAAAAGCUGUAAAGGUCACUAUGAGCAAGCGAAUUCCUUUAGUUGGUGAUGAGCUGAAAGCUUACGAAGAAGAACAAGAACGGAUAAAAAAGGAGGAAGCGCUAAAGGCCAGUCUAAACAAAGAGGAGGAAAAGAAGGCGUCUCUUGGAUCAAACGCAAAGGCUUCUGAUCCCAUGGUUAUUGAUGCCAGCACAUCUCGCAAACCAUCCAACGCUGGUUCAAAGUUUGGCGGGAAUGUGGAUAUUCUCAUUGAUGGAUUUGUCCCUCCAUCAUCAAGUGUUGCUCCAAUGUUUCCUUUCUUUGAAAAUACUUCUGAAUGGGAUGACUUCGGUGAGGUUAUCAACCCUGAAGACUAUCUGAUGAAGCAAGAAGAAAUGGAUAAUACUUUGAUGCCCGGUGCUGGGGAUGGUAUGGAUAGUAUGCUUGAUGAGGGCUCAGCACGCCUACUCCUUGAUUCUACACCCUCAAAAGUUAUUUCCAACGAGAUGACUGUGCAAGUCAAGUGUUCAUUAGCAUAUAUGGACUUUGAAGGUCGGUCUGAUGGGCGCUCUGUAAAAUCUGUUAUUGCUCAUGUGGCCCCAUUAAAACUUGUUUUGGUUCAUGGAUCAGCAGAAGCUACUGAGCAUUUAAAAAUGCAUUGUUCGAAGAACUCAGACUUGCAUGUUUAUGCUCCUCAGAUAGAAGAAACUAUUGAUGUGACAUCAGAUUUAUGUGCUUACAAGGUACAACUUUCGGAGAAGUUAAUGAGUAAUGUUAUUUCUAAGAAGUUGGGUGAGCAUGAAAUUGCAUGGGUAGAUGCAGAGGUUGGAAAAACAGAUGACAAGCUUACUUUGUUGCCCCCGUCGUCAACUCCAGCAGCCCACAAGUCAGUUCUUGUGGGUGAUUUGAAAUUGGCUGAUUUUAAGCAAUUCCUGGCAAAUAAAGGUUUGCAGGUUGAAUUUGCUGGUGGUGCUUUACGGUGUGGUGAAUACAUCACACUGCGCAAGAUUGGUGAUGCUGGCCAAAAGGGCAGCACAGGUUCCCAGCAGAUUGUGAUCGAAGGGCCCCUGUGUGAGGACUAUUACAAGAUUCGUGAGCUUCUUUACUCUCAGUUCUACUUGUUGUAAAAUGUAAUGGACCGGACCAUGGCAUCUCUUUCCUUUCGUGUUGAUGUUGUUGUACACGGAGGAACCGUUAAUCCAUUUGGAUCUGAGCGCCAGAAUAUGCUGUUUGUUGCUCUCCCGAGAUCCCUUUUUAGUUUUAGUUAGCUUAUUUUAGAGAGUAGUAGACCCAAGAGGUGUGUUGAUGAGACAAUUUCAAUAUAUAUGCUUUUUGUAUAUUAUUGUACACUUGAUAA